AUGGAGACGACGCGGAAGUUUGCGCGGGUGAACACGCACACGGGCGGGUUUUCGGAGCCGCGGACGCCGCGGCUCGGCGAGCUCGGCGCGACGCCGAAAAUUUCCGGCGCCGCGACGCGGCGGCGGCCGUCGAGCGCCGCGCCGUCGAUCUCGCUCUCGCUCUCGUCGCCGCGCGCCUCCCCCGGAGGAGGAGGCGCGUCUUUGUUGGCGACGCAGGACAGCGUGCGGUCGUCCCUCGGCGCUUCCCCGAGCUUCGUCGCGGAGGCGCCGCGCACGCCGCGCGGCGCCAGCGGCGCGUUCCCGUCGCCGCCCGACGCUCCCGGCGGCGGCAGCGUCGCGAGCAGCCCGCGACUCUCCCCCGGGAGCUUCGGGACGUCGUCGCGGUUCCCCGUCGCCGCCGCCGCCGCGAUGCGUCGACCCGCGAGCGCGCAGCCGCGCGCGACGAAACCCGGCGCGUCGUCGGUGGCGGAGGAAAAAGCAGACGCGCUCGCGUUGGAACGCGCCGCCGAAGCCGCGUUCGAAGCCGCCGCGAUUCAGCUCCGGGAGGUCAAGAUCGCGAAAGCGAGAGACGCGCGCGCGGCGAUGGAGCUCGAGAAGCAGGAGCGGCGCCUCGCGGAGAGCGCGGAGCGCGCGGCGGUGUUACGCCGUCGAAAAGACGCCAAGACCAAACGCGACGCCGAGGCGCUCGCCGCCGCCGUCGCCGAGUCCGAGCUCAAAAACGCGGCGGUGAAGCUCCGACGCGAGGAAAUCGCCGCGGAGCGCGCGGCCGCGAUCAAACGCCGCGCGCUGAAAGCGGAGCAGCUCCAGGAGGCGGCGACGUUGAACCGCGCGCGCGACACCGCGACGCGCGCGGAGUGGCGGUCGUCGCUCGCGGAUCUCCGCGCGGACAAGUUUGAACGCGCGACGAACGCGUACGAAACGCGUUUAGACGACGCCUCCGCCGCGAUUCGCGACAAGCACGCGGAGGAGGCGCACAAGAUCAUCGGCCACAAACGCGAGAUGAGCGCGAAGGAGCUCGACUUCGCGAAGCGGAUCACGGAGCAGGCGCGGCGCGAGCGCGUCAAGGUGGAGGCGAGCGUCCGCGAGCUCAAGGCGACGGCGCGGCGGCUGCGCGUGCCCCCGGACGCGUUGCACGCGCCGGGGUCUCCCGAGGUGCGUUCCAUCGCGGCCGCGACGCGAGGGAACCUUCCGAGGUCGCCGCGGGAGCACGAUAAGAGCGACGCGGCGACGAAGCGCGUCGUGAAGGAGCUGGAGGAGAAGAACCAGGCGUUGGAGGAGGCGCUGGAGGAGACGCGGGCGAAGCUGGAGAGCGAGUUUGGCGCCGCGGCGGCGGCGGGGGGAGGGGCGGAGGGGACGCCCGCGGCGGCGCGGCGGAGGCGCGGGGCGCCCAAGCCCGCGGGACCGUACACCGAGUACACCACGCCGUAG